GGAAACGAUGCAGAGAAAUAUGACGGCAGUAAAACAGGUUGGUCCAUUGAUGAAUGUCUGGAUAUAAAGCAGCGAACGUUCAGUCUUGUCUGCAGACGCAGAGAGCUGGAUUCUCACCAGGUGAUCAAGUCUAUCCAGAGGUUGAACGUGACGGUGCUGACAUGAAGCUGUGGCUGCUCCUGGUGCUGGCCGUGGUGGCCGGCCUCGCUGAGAGCAGGAUUGUCUCCAAAUGCGAGCUGAGAGAGAAACUGCAGCAGGCCAUUCACCUCCCCAGAAGGCUUGACACAUUCAAGGAGUCCAUUUUGGCAAUAAUUUCUUGUGAAAUAGAAAGGCUAUCCCAUUUCAACUCCAGCAUGGUCAAGAUGUAUGGCAUACACAUUCCUGCAGCCCAAGUCAAGCCAACAACUCUUGAAGGACCUGGAAGCAUGGAAAUAACCAACGAUGCUGCCACCAUGAAACCAGACACCACUGCAAAAACGACUACAACUAAAGCAACUACUACAACUAAAGCAACUACUACAACUAAAGCAACUACUACAACUACAGCAACUACGGCCGAACUGAUGGAAACAACUUCAAGCUCGAACGGAACGACUGGCAGGAGCAGAUCAAGGCGCAGGGCUCGUUCAGUCAGUGAUGAGUACUCACAGAUGAGCCUGCAGGAGAUGCUGAACGAGGAAGAAAACAAGUUUGAUGAGGAGGAGUUUCAGAAUGAUGAUGAGAGACUGGAGGACGAAGAGGACGAAGACAGCACCAAGGAUGAGAUGAUGAGACAUAAGCGGUCGGCUCACUCGAUGAACCUGGACUCCAGGGCCGAGCUUGCUUGGUCCCUCAGCCAUUACGGGAUCUUCCAGCUGACUGACAGCCACUUCUGUGAUUCAGGUUUUCGCUGGUCCAGAAACACGUGCCACAUGCCCUGCUCAGCUUUUGUUGAUGACGACAUCAGUGACGAUGUUGCAUGCCUGGAGAGCUCCGGUUACUGGAGGUUAAUCCUGAGGGACGCUGCCCGGGAAUGUUAUCACAACAGGAAGAUCUACUUCAGUGAAUGCAUGUAAGCAGCUCUACGAAUGCAAUUUUUACCUGCAGGAUACGUCAUCAGCAAAUCUGUCACCAAAUUUACCUGCAGCCUGUGUUGUGAUCUUUGACCUGCAUGGGUUUUUUCUGAGCAUUAUGAAUCACUGUUGUUUUUUCUUUUUCAUUUUUUAAGAAGAUUUAAGAAAAUGAUUUUAUUUCAGAUAAUUUGUGAGUAUAUAGCUCGCCGCAAAUCACCAGAAUUUAGGAUACUGACAACCUUUUUUGUCAUUUGAGUAUCUACGUUUUCACUGUUAUUUUAAAUUACAGGGAUUAUAUUUAUUAUAUUGACAAAAUGCCACGUGAUUUUAUUUCCUGUUGCCAAUUAUCUCUCAAUAAACAUGUAAUACUUUA